UUUUAACAGCAGUAGGCGUGAAAACCCUUAAAGCGCUUGUCACUAGUGAUCUUCGGGUUAUUCUUUUUUCUUGUAAAUACUCAGCCACUAGUGAUUGUUGUUGACAAUCACUUUGUUCUGGAUGUGUGAGUGAAAACAAUACGAAAAAUUGGCACAGUUUCGACUAUUUACUCAGCCACAUUUGGUCAUAAACUUACAAUGAUUUCCGGCAAGAAAAUGAAACCAUCAAAAUUAUGUCGUCGUACAUAUUUUUUACGAACCGGUACAGCUCCGACGGUUUCCGAAAUGGCCAGAGAGCUAGGUCCGGAGUUGGCAAACAUUGUAAUUGAUACUUUGGAGCCGAGUCAACGGUCAGCAGUGCAACCGGAUCGACUCGAGUUGUCGGACGAGCAUAGCACCCAGUCACGACACGACACCGAAGCAGUUCGUGGACAGAUACACGAACACAUUCUUCAGAUCGGUGGAAACGUUUCGCACCGAGUGGAUGGGUACUGGAGAAAACGGUUGAAACAAACGGCUGCAGCUGGCAUCAGUUCGGAUGAGGUGGAUUUUAUAAAAUUUGAUUGUCGCCAGAAAAUUGGCAUUGCAAGGGACGAGGAACGUAAGCGCUAUGACGCAUUGCUGGAAGAGAUGGAAGCAAGGCUGGAAAAACGGUUCUGGGAAGAGAAGGGUAAUCUUCAUCGUUCAUAUGCAGAAGCAAGGCAACUGUGGGGAAAGUUUGUGUGCCAGAAGGUACGGAAACAAGCGAAGGACAUGUUGUGCAAGAUCGCCAGCUACUAUCGAGCAAAGUUGGAGCGCGAAGUAUCCGGCCGGAUGAAGCAGGAGAAGGAUCGUAUUAUAAAGGAGAUGGAACAAAUUGUUAAAACUGCAGUAGAUCAGCAAAAACGAAUAGACGAGCGGGCAAUCCAGUGGUUGGUGAAUCAGUAUGAAGAGCUUUUAAAAUUUAUAAGCGAAUAUAACGAGUGUUUGGAUACGGUUGAGAUGACGCGAGAAAUUUGCAGAUUGCAUUUCGGUCGCCAUGAAUGUCACUCUACCCAGGUGUCAAAGCAUUCUUUAGUAGAUGGCAAUCAGCUAGAGCCGGAAGGUUCCGUACCAAACUGUUCUCCAGCGGAUGAGCUGGAAGACGGUGUGCACAUAGCAUUGGCCAGUUUGUCAAAGUGUAAUGUGUUUGUGGUGAAUCAAUGUUUACCAGAACCUGUGCCAGAGCCAGCGAUUUGCGAUCAAGACGCAUCGACUACAACUCGGGAAGAGCUAUUCGGAUCAGAAGAUUACAAAAGCACUAACGAAGAUGAGAGUAUUGUUUCGUCAAUUGAAAAAAUAACGAUUGGAGGAUUGACGUAUGCUCAACCUAAGUAUUAUAAGAAAAUUUAUAAUGUAAUAUUUCCGGAGUUUGCUAUAAGUUGGGAAAAAAUGAGCACUACAGAAACGGACAAUGAAUUGGAUAACGUCGAUUGUAGUAUUCAGGAACAAUGUUCAAGCAUAAGUAGUGAUACUACAAGGGUCAUCCAUUCAGAGACCAUUCAGAGUGAGCCAAGCUAUCGUGAAAGUUACGAUCCAAUCGCUGAGAUUCAUGAUAUUUUGGGAUCGAUCGAUGAAUUUCCUCCCAGUGAAAUAUUGCCUGCAGUAGAACAGUUUGGUGAGUUGUUUGAUCUUACUAAGUCUGAUGAAGAGAUAUCGCUGACCGCUGCAAGCUUUGCCGCACGCUACAUUCGGGCUACCAGCGAUGAUUUUGAUACAAUGUUCCCCAAGAAUGGUGAUAAGGAGUCGUAAAUUUUAUCGGGAUUAUUCGAAACGUAUAAUAAAUACAAAUCUCAACUGA